GAGCGGGUGCGAGCCAUGUUCUACCACGCCUACGAGCACUACCUGGAGAGCGCCUUCCCCUACGAUGAGCUGCGGCCGCUGACGUGCGACGGGCAGGACACCUGGGGCAGCUUCUCCCUCACGCUGAUCGACGCCCUGGACACCCUGCUGAUCUUGGGAAACGUUUCUGAGUUUCAGCGAGUCAUCGACGUGCUGCAGGAAGGGGUGGAUUUUGAUAUCGAUGUCAAUGCCUCCGUCUUCGAAACCAACAUUCGAGUGGUGGGUGGCCUCCUCUCUGCACACUUGUUAUCAAAGAAGGCUGGUGUGGAAGUAGAAGCAGGCUGGCCAUGCUCUGGGCCUCUCCUGAGGAUGGCAGAGGAAGCAGCUCGCAAACUCCUGCCAGCUUUUCAGACCCCAACUGGGAUGCCAUAUGGAACAGUGAACUUGCUGCAUGGAGUAAACCCUGGGGAGACACCAGUUACCUGUACUGCUGGAAUUGGGACAUUUAUAGUGGAGUUUGCCACUUUAAGCCACCUCACUGGUGACCCAGUGUUUGAAGAUGUUGCCAGGAAGGCUUUGAAAGCUCUGUGGAAAAACCGCUCAGACAUUGGGCUGGUUGGUAACCACAUUGAUGUGCUAACUGCCAAGUGGGUGGCCCAGGAUGCUGGCAUUGGGGCAGGAGUGGACUCCUACUUUGAGUACCUUGUUAAAGGAGCCAUUCUCCUGCAGGAUGAGGAGCUGAUGUCCAUGUUUCUAGAGUAUAACAAAGCUAUCAAAAAUUACACCAAGUUUGAUGACUGGUACCUCUGGGUUCAGAUGUACAAAGGAACAGUGUCCAUGCCUGUUUUUCAGUCCCUGGAGGCCUACUGGCCAGGCCUACAGAGCCUGAUUGGGGAUGUAGAUAAUGCCAUGAGAACCUUCCUCAACUAUUACACUGUCUGGAAGCAGUUUGGUGGGCUGCCAGAGUUCUACAACAUUCCUCAGGGCUAUACAGUGGACAAGAGGGAAGGAUAUCCACUCAGGCCUGAGCUGAUCGAGAGCGCGAUGUACCUGUACCGAGCUACCAGAGACCCCACACUCUUGGAACUGGGAAGAGAUGCAGUGGAGUCGAUAGAGAAAAUCAGCAAGGUGGAUUGUGGAUUUGCAACUAUCAAAGACUUGAGAGAUCACAGGCUGGAUAAUCGCAUGGAGUCCUUCUUUUUGGCUGAGACAGUCAAAUACCUGUACCUGCUGUUUGACCCAGACAACUUCAUUCACAAUGAUGGCUCGGUCUUCGACGUGGUGAUCACACCGUAUGGGGAGUGUGUCUUGAAUGCUGGAGGAUAUGUCUUCAACACUGAAGCUCAUCCUAUAGACCCUGCUGCACUGCACUGCUGUAGGAAGCGGAAGGAGGAGCAGUGGGAGGUGGAGGACUUGAUGAGGGAGUUUUAUUCCCUGAAGAAAACCAAGAAAUUCACUUUAAAAAGAGCUUCCAAGCCUGGGGAAGGGGAAAGUGCAAAAACCCCUGAAGAUGUCUCAUCAGAGAAAGGUGGAGAGAAGAGAAACUCCAAGAAGAGCUCACACUCCCUCCUGAGUUGCCCCAGUCAGUCUUUUAACUCUAAACUUGCAGUACUGGGACAGGUCUUCCUAGAUGACACCUGA